AUGGAAGUAUCCGAUUCUGAAGAUGAUGGUCCAAGGAAAAAACCUAGGAAGGAAAGUGACAGCAUUUCAUGUCUCAAGGAUGAAAACGACAGUCUGCGCUGUCAACUGGAAGCCUACAAGAACGAGAUUGACAUUGUCAGGUGUGAUCUGAAGUCAGAGCUUGAUCUCAAGGAGAAACAACUAAAACUAGUUCAGCAAACCUUGCAAGGAAUGCAACAGUUAACAGUGGAAUUUGCAAUCCUUGAAAACGGAGCAAGAACCGAUGGAGCUGGAGAUGAAAGCUCAGAUACCGCCAACAAUGAAUCUCCCGUUCAGAAGUUGUCUGAAAAGGACGCUCGACUUAUAGGACUGAUAUCAGUGUUCCUACAUGUGCACCCAUUCGGAGCCGGCGUUGACUACAUCUGGUCGUUCCUGCACAAAAUGGACUCCACCAUCAAGCCCAAUGAAGUGGAGGUGCUAAUGUCCAAGUUCCCCACUGUAUUUCAUCAGCAACUUUCCGGUAUAGGAGCACACAUGGAACGCAGAUGGAGCUUCGGUGGUUUCAAAAACGAAUCACCAAAAGAUAAAGUAUGAAACGGACAUAUCAGUGGCACAAAAAGUGGCCACACAAUGUAGUUUGAUACUAAGAAUAAGUGACUGAAAAAGUUCUUCACAAAAAUGUUGUGUAAAACGGAGAAUAAGUGACUGAAAAAUUUCCUCAUAAGAUGUAGUGUGAAACUAACAAAAAAGUGGCCGAAAAGUUUAAGUGUGAAGAGAACGGGACUAUUUUAAUAUUGGACUUAAUCUCUACAAAUUUAAAUGACUAUUUACUUUGGUGACACAAAAGUUCACCAAAAUAUGUAGUGUAAAACUAAGAAUAAAUUACACAAGUUGUAGUGUGAAACUAACAAAAAAGUGGUCGAAAAAUUAACUUGUGAGGUGGAAAAGAAUUAUUAUGAUGUUGGACUUACUGUCUACAACUCUAGUCUUUGCCGGAAAGUUGUCUUGCUCCUUUUAUUAAGUAAAAGAUAUUAAAAGAAAUCCAGAAAUGAAAUCAAAAUACCUGAUAUCGAUUCAUCAGUAUACUUGCUCACAUUUUUUUUCGUUGCGUAUCUAUACAUUAAUUUUCAUUUCACAGUGUAGUAUUUUUUUUUGUAGUGUUGUAGAUUUCAAAUCAUGUGAUAUUUUAAGUUUAAUAAAAUCAAUUGAUUUGAUACUCUAACAAAAUUGUUAUUUUAUGUCUCAAACGCCUGAACUAUGACUAGAUUGAAAUAGGUACAUUAUUCGUCAUUAUUUAAUGAAAUUACAAACUAAAAUGUAUUGAUUAUUAGUCAUUAAUAUUAUUAUCCUUAUCUAUCUUCAAUUAUUAUCUUAUUUAUCUAUCCUUAUCUAGCUCCGCGACUGCAUUUAAUAUUACAUCAGAUAUACCGGUAUCAGCUACCCUUUAAGAAGGCAGUGGCAAGGCAAAGAAUCAGCAACGCUGUUCUAUCUUUCUCCACUGCAGCUAUUGUCAUGUAUACCUCUAUA